AUGAAGUGCACAGGUAAUUCCAACGAGGAAUCGAGCGAACGCCGCGAUCUGUUCAGCUUUAUCGUAUCGACAAUGCGCGUGGCUGCAAUGCAUACUUUGAGAACAGGAUAUCGGAACAGUUGCCUAAGUUUAUUAAUUACAGUGUUUAAUUGGACUUAUGAGAUAUUUACCUAUUUCGUAUGUGGGCACAUUGCGCUGUUAUUCAUGUGCUCCAUCUACAUUUACUACGGGCAAGGUGAUCUAGAGUUCCUUGUCAACUGCCUUAUACAGACGAUAAUUUAUCUGUGGACCAUUACAAUGAAGCUCUACUUCCGACGCUUCAGGCACAACCUUUUAAACGAGAUGAUCAGCAUAGUUAAUGAUAAAUAUCAGACACGUUCGGCUCACGGCUUUACAUAUGUGACAGCUAGAGGAUCUCUGCGACAGUCUAAUCUGUGGAUCAAAAGUUAUGUCUACUGCUGUUUUAUAGGAACUAUUUUCUGGCUAGUGCUACCUAUAGUAUACCGAGACAGAUCUCUGCCCUUGGGCUGUUGGUAUCCGUUUGAUUAUACCCAACCGAUUGUCUACGAGUUGGUGUUUUUUCUUCAGGCUGUUGGCCAGAUUCAAGUGGCGGCUGCCUUUGCGGCUUCAAGUGGCUUUCACAUGGUUUUGGCUAUUCUAAUAUCUGGACAAUAUGAUGUGUUGAUCUGCAGCUUAAAAAAUAUACUAGCUACUAGCUAUUUGAAGAUGGGUGCCACCAUAGAGGAGUUAAGUAAACUUGAGGACGCACAAUCCGUGGCAGAUGCUGAAUUGAAUCAAUAUAGCUAUUCCUUAGAGCUUCAUACACCAAUGACAGAACUGAGACAGCAACGAAGGCCAAGCCACGGAUUGGAUUUUCCCACUGCCUUCAGGCACUCUCUAACGCAGUGCCUGGAGCAACAUCACUAUAUCAUUUCUAUCCUACAAAAAAUGGAACGCUUCUAUAAUCCCAUUUGGUUAUUUAAAAUCGCCGAAGUCACAUUUCUCAUGUGCCUGGUGGCUUUUGUUUCGACAAAGAGUACAACGGCGAAUUCCAUCAUGCGUAUGGUAUCAUUGGGUCAGUACCUGCUGUUAGUCCUGUAUGAGCUCUUUAUUAUUUGCUACUUCGCUGAUGUGGUGUAUCAGAAUAGUCAGCGAUGCGGAGAUGCUCUCUGGCGAAGUCCUUGGCAGCUCCAUAUGCGCCAACUGAAAAGCGAUUAUAUAAUUUUCCUCAUCAAUUCCCGUCGAUCAUUUCGACUGACGGCUGGUAAAAUAUGCAAUCUGAAUGUGGACCGCUUUAGGAGUACAAUCACAACGGCCUUUUCUUUCUUGACUCUUCUGCGAAAGAUGGAUGCGCGUGGAUAAAGAACGCAUGAUUCGCAUUUAUAUUUUAUUCUGUAUAUUACAAUGGUUAAAAUUAAAAAAAAUUCAUAAAAAGUAAUACACUAAAGCUUUGAAUGGCAGAGACAUCGAACGCAUGUCAAUACCUCAAACACAAAACGAAUUGAUUUUGUUUAAUGUUUAAUUAUUUAAU